AUGUGCGCAGCGUCCUCUGGCAAUAGGCUCGCCAUCCAUCCGGCUUGCUCCGGUGGGUCGGAGAAGGCGUGGCGCCAGCGCGACAUCCUCGUCCACGACAAUGCCCGACUAAGCACUUUACUCCAGAGGUCGACCUCUUCAGUCAUCAUUCCGGUUUCAUUCGCACCGGCUUCAGCACCAGCAGAGGCGCCAUCCGCGACAAUCCCAGAUCGGCCGGGGACCUAUCUGGACACGCUGGAGUUCGUCGUCAUCGUCGGCUUCGGCACCCCUGCUCAGUCCUCCGCUAUCAUCUUCGAUACUGGGAGCGACGUGUCGUGGAUCCAGUGCCAGCCCUGCACGGGCCACUGCUACCAGCAGCACGACCCGCUCUUCGACCCCUCCAAGUCCUCAACCUACAGCGUCGUGCCCUGCGGGACGCCGGCGUGCUCAGUUGCCGGUGGAAACUGCAACGGCACCACCUGCCUCUACACCGUUCACUACGGCGACGGCUCGUCCACCUCCGGCGCGCUCUCUCAGGAGACGCUAACAUUCACCUCCGCGCGCACCUUCUCCGGCUUCACGUUCGGGUGCGGCACUACCAACCUCGGCGACUUCGGUGAAGUCGACGGGCUGCUGGGUCUCGGCCGGGGCCAUUUCUCGUUGCCCUCACAAACCACUUCGUCAUUUGGAGGCUCCUUCUCCUACUGCAUGCCGUCUUUCAACACCACGCCCGGGUACCUCACCAUUGGCUCCACGCCCGUCACCGGUAAGGUCCAGUACACGGCGAUGAUAAAGAAGCCGGCGUACCCGUCCUUCUACUUCGUGGAGCUCGUGUCCAUCAACAUCGGCGGCUAUGUCCUGCCAGUACCACCAACCGUGUUCACGAAAACGGGCACCCUCCUCGACUCUGGCACGAUCCUCACCUACAUCCCUAUGAAGGCCUACACCUUGCUCCGCGACAGGUUCAAGUUCACCAUGAAGGGGAACAAGCCGGCGCCGGCUUUUGACAUCCUCGACACCUGCUAUGACUUCUCCGGCCAGAGCGCCAUCUUCAUACCGGCAGUGUCGCUCAUUUUUAGUGACGGCGGCGUGUUCGAUCUCAACUUCUAUGGGAUCCUCAUUUUCCCGGACGACACCCAGCCAGCCAUCGGGUGCCUCGCGUUCGUCGGGAACCCCGAUGGUGCGCCCCUCUCCAUCAUCGGCAACACGCAACAGCGGUCGACAGAGGUGAUCUAUGACGUUGGCGCGGAGAGGAUCGGUUUUGUUCCCUUCAGUUGCUGA